UCUAACUGAAAGUGCGGAGACUCGCGCAUCAGCACCUGUAGCGACCGUUUGUAUUUAUUUACAACUUUGUUUUGUUUUGUUUUUUAUUUCGAAAUAUUUGUAUUUUUGUUCAGUGGAUUUCCAGCUGAGGUGUCUUUAAAAAAUGCAGCCGGCUUUUCACGAUGUGGACUGAAAGCGGAUCAGCAGCCGGAUUCACACACGUCUUCGGAUUAUUUGUGAUUUUUACGGAUUUUUAUUUGGUCUCAGAUUAUUAACAGAUUAUAGAUUAGUGUUACAGACGGAAGAUGUGGAGGGUUAAUGAAGCGGGGGGGUUGGAGAUAUAACGGGAAAUAGAGGAUCCGCCAUUUAUCUGAGACGUUGUGAAACAGCUCAAGCUUAUUAUUAUUAUUAUUAUUAUUAUUAUUAUUAUUAUUAUAUCUCACCAUAGCUCAGCUUAGUGCUGUCUAUCUACAUAAACAUUGGGUAUUUUUGCCAUUUAAACUUAAUUUCAAGACAUCUUAAGUGCCAUAAAUUGUUUAAUACGCUUAAACUAUAAUAUCCUCUAUGUCCCUGAACUCUAUUAUAUAUAUGUAUAUAUACAACGUGUGUAAGUAUAUAAUCCAGUAUAGUAUAGUAUAAUAUUACACAGGAAACCACUUUUAAAUACAAGUGCAUUACGAAUUAGGAGGCCUGCUGUGAAGUUAAAUAGCCUGAAGUCUAUUUUUGGCUUAGUAAGCUACUAGUAAGCUUUUAUAUUAACCUCUAAAGAGACACACAGAGCUCCAGGUGUGUUAGAAAUCAUGGAAGGUGUGUUAGUAGAGGAGCCCAUGCCAGGGUACCUGCAGCUCUUCUUCUCGUCCUGCAGUGUUAUGCGAGAUGCCUAUAGAAACUGUAAAGAUUGUGGCAUCAAACUGUCCAUACAGACCCUCCUGGACCAUGCACACCUCACACCUACUGAAAUCCUGCUUUUCUUCCUGUUCGUGGUGAUGUGGACCAGUCUGAGAUGGGCGCUGACUUAUCACCUGUUUAUGCCGUUUGCCCAGUGGUGUCGUCUCCAUCCCAAAGAUGUGGUGAAGAUGCCAGAAAGUGCGUGGAAGCUGGUCUUCUACACGGUGUCCUGGUCCUACUGCACCUACCUGCUCUUCUUCUGCAACUAUGGCUUCUUCCACAACCCUUCAUCUGUCUUUUACAAUUGGAAGAGUGGAAUGCAGGUGCCCAUGGACAUCGCCUUUGCCUACUUGAUCCAGGGAAGCUUUUAUGGCCACUCCAUCUACGCCACGAUUUACAUGGACGCAUGGAGGAAAGACUCUGCCGUCAUGCUGUUGCAUCACUUCAUCACUCUGGCCCUGAUUGCAUUCUCCUACGCCUUCAGGUUUCACAACAUUGGUCUCCUGGUGCUGUUCCUCCAUGACAUCAACGACAUCCUGCUGGAGUUCACAAAACUUAAUGUCUACUUCAAGAUCCGUGGAGGAAAAAGCCACGUGAUCAACGAUGUCCUGUCCAGUGUGGGCUUUGUAGGCUUUGGCAUCACAUGGUUUUGCUUCCGACUGUACUGGUUCCCUCUCAAGGUGCUGUACGCCUCCUACGUCACCAGCCUGCAGUCUGUCCCUAACAUACCUUUCUACUUUUUUUUCAACGCUCUGCUGUUUGCACUUCUGCUUAUGAACAUCUACUGGUUCCUGUUUAUUGUGCAGAUGGUGGUGAAGGUUCUGACCGGGCAGAUGAAGGGGAUCAAUGAUGUGCGUGAAUAUGAAGAAAAUGAGUUCCAGAAAUCCCUUGAGGCUGAGAGCCAUAGCUCAGGACAUCAGCGCUCUGGAGAAGGGAAGCACACACGGAAUGGAAUCAACAGGAAGCAUCAGUAACAGCCUCAGUGCUAUCACCUGCUGGCUCUCUACAGCAAUUACAAUGAACAAAAAGGGCAGUUUGACUCUGGCACUCCGUUCGUACUACAGGAACAAAAAAAAAAUCCAGAUUUUUAGACUAAUUUCUUUUUUGUCUUAAUUUAAUAAAGCGUGAAUAUUAUUUUAGUGGAAUGAUAUUUAAGUGUCACAUAAAACGGGUAGAAGUGAAGGUAAAAUGUUAUUGUAUGUGUAAAUUGUUAGUACCGAUAUGGGGCAAUUUAGUUUUUAGUUAUUCACACUAUAAUUGUUUUCUUUAAGGGUCCAUAUAUGAGAUUUACAUGAGAGCGUACCCAAAGUUGCUAACAUGUAAAACUUUAUGGACACCAUUUUUAAUUGUAGAAACAAUCAAAUCACCUAACAUACAAUUCUGAUGCACCACUCAGGAGCUUUGUGACUGUUUUUGUAGAUCUAGAUUUAUGCUUUUAAUCAGCUACCUUUAUUACACUGUCCACUGAUUUUUAAUCUCUGAGAACUUGGUGCAUCUCCCAUGGUCCACCUUCUUUGAAAUCAUGUAGGUUUGACACUGUCUUUACACAAGUAUUCCACAAGGCACUGCAACGAAUUCCGUACCUCAUUCGCAUUCAUAGAACGAACCCGUCAUCACUGCAUAAUAUACUCUGCUUUAUAUAAACAAGAAGACCGUCUACACAGGACAACUAGUGUUUACUAGAUAUACCAUAAACGCCUUAUGAAAUUUUCCAUAUUUAGCCUCUUUUAAUAAAUAAAUGUUUUAUAACAAUCCUCUCUUACCCAAACUAUGAAGAGCUCAAUCCUGUUCAUGAUAGAGGUUUGUGUGUCACUAGUUUGCACUCAAAUUUUUUUUUUUUGCAGCAUAUGCAUUUUAAUGACCAUAGUAAAUGUAUCAGAGUGCUAUGUGAGUAUAAUGGUAUUUUUUACACAGGGAGAGAGAACCACACUCUGUUAAUGAAUAUAAUGAAACCUGUAUCUUUAUGUUGUUGUUGGAUUCUGCAGGGUUCCCUGUCUGUUUUGUUCUAGCUUUAGAUAGGUGCACACAACCUGCCUCAAGUGUGACUGCUUUUUUCCAGGACAGUAGUUCACCACUGGUUUUCACACUUUUUCUUUCUUUUAAAAUGUUUUUUUUUUUUUUUUGGCAAUUAUUGCUUUCUGAACACUGGCCUUGUGUUACUGCCUGGGUGUGUGUGAAGUAUCAUUGAUUAACAAUCAGGCUAGAUGAUACGGAUUAUAAUUACAGCAACCCAAGACCUCCUAAAACCACCAUACGGCUUCUACAGUAAUGUAUUUCUGCACAAGGUCUCUAGUUUCCAGUGUUUAAAGGGGUUAAAUGUGCCAAAGGAGAACCUGAUGUACACCAAGUUAGCUUUAUAGCACAGUGCUGUUGAAUUCUGGAUUGGCCAGAUGGUAUUGAUGUAUGUUCUGUAGCAGCAGCUGUGACAGUAGUGCAGCUGAUUUGUUAUUGUGCUCGUAUCAUUACUAUAAUAACAGCUCAUUGGCAUGGACUUGUUAUGCGGAUGCUAAGAUGCAGACCUAAUGCUGUGGUAUGAGAGGAAUAAAACAGAAUUUCAGAAUAUGCUGCUAUAGGAUUAAAAUCAACUUUGGGGUUGUAAGAGAAACUGUGCUUCAUAUAGAGUAUGUUGAGCAUGUUAUAGCCUUUAUCAGUGUCAGUUAGGGACCACAGCACUGCUGUUAUCUGGGUGGGAUUUUUUUUGUUGUUGUUGCUGCUGUUAUUUUUGGGGAAUUGUUUUUCAGUCUUGCAGUAAACUUACAAAAAUGUCAUACAUUGUAAUUUCUGUGCAUUGUUUGUUAGCGUACAUAUUCAACAUUGGGCUGUAUCAAAUAGCAAAGUGCACUGUUUUUAUUGUUUGUUAGCGAAAUAACUAGAGAAACAGGGCUUUGAUUAAUCCCUUAAAUAUGUAAGAAAUUUUCCCUUGGACCACAUAUUUUGGCAAAUAAACUUGAAUUUUUUCAGUCUAA